AUGCCGGAGGCGAGUUCGCCCGAGACCUUCCAGGCGGCCGAGUCCUUUCAGGGAGCCAGGCCAGGCUACGUCUUCAAAGUUGACAAACAUGGCUUGGGGUACUAUUUGGAUCCCGUACAGGUCAACCGAUCUAUCUGGGAUGAUGUUGUCUCCAAGUUGCCCGAAACUUGGCGCGAGACGCCGCAUCGUGAGGAGCAACUGCGCGUCAGUGAGCAACAAAGUUGUGGCUUGAGUAUGUCGCACAGUGAUUUCGGUUUCGUGGUCGACAAGGUGGAGGACGAGCCUGGCCAAAAACUGCAAAAGGGCGAGGCCAUCGUGGCGAUAGAAGGGCGUUUGCUGGCUGGACUCUCUGCUCCGCAGAUGCAGGCCUCCUUCCAGAAGCGGCGCGUUGACGGUGCUCGACUGUAUGUGGUCGAUCUCGCCAAGGCCGAAGAGCUGUCCCGACGAGACCCAAACAUCAUUGAGAUGUGGGACCCUGUCAAGCAGCACAACUACUACUUUCACAAGAAGACUGGCAAGAGCGCAUGGACACUGGAGGAGCUGCAGCCGGCUCCGUCCACGUCGACCUCGGCUUCGUCAGAGAAGCGGAAAGCGGAAGCUCCAUCACAGGCGCCAAUUGACAUCGCCCACUUUAUGCAGCAUGGGAUUUUCCCGGGGAGCUUGGACGUGGCAGGCAGAGGGUCGAAGGGUGAUGUCUUGGAGCUUGGGCAGCCUGAAGUUGCACCGUGCUCCACCAGCUGCACGGCCCUGGUCGGCCAGUUGGUCUCAGGGUGCCGGCCGGUAGUUCCGAGCUCGCACACCGGACCCAGAUCCAGGCGUUCGCUUGUAGCUCGGCGUCAUUUGGAAGGCUCGCUGGCAGCAAUUCCAGGUCCUGCAGCCAAGAAGGCAGUGAGGACACUGACAGUCAGGUGGACAAAAGUUGUCCUACUUCUCGUUGUGCAGUACCGAUUGGUACCUCGCGUUUGCACGGCUGUGCGCCGGCUCUGGAGACAUCUGUCCGCAAAGAAGCUCAAGCUGCUUUCGGCUGAUGAAAUUUAUUCUUUAAAGGAAGCUUUGGAGGAAGGCCCUGUCCUUCAAAGCGACUUGGAGUUGGAGAGUGCCAAGAUUCUGGAAGGAACCAAGGUCUUGAACUCCUGGAAGGAGAUCCAGGGAGCUGAGCCGCCAUUGACGGUGAGAACUCGGCCACCGCCUGACAAAUCUGAAAGGCGUGGCUGGAUGUCUUCGCGGCAAUGGAAACAUUGGAAGCGCAUCUGGGACAUAUCUCUCGAAGUCCUACGAAGAGCUCAAGGUCCGCUGUUGAUGUGGGGCUGGUCGACCCUUGCCCUUCAAGCGCUGCAAGACCCUCUCCUUGACAUGUGGUCCAGGCGAGAGUUUGCAUUUUAUCGGGCGGCCUUUGGGAAGCUCCAGGUCAUCCCCAGCUGGACGGCUGUUGCAUGGUUCUCGCACCGCCUAGUUCGACUGUGGGGGAACCGCCGCUCCCGCGGUAGAGCGGAACUUAGCGACGUGAUGGGUGUACAGUCAAGCUUGCAGGAAGCUCGCAUUAAUGCCAUGGCGACUGCAUUGAAGGUUCUUGUUUGGAGCAUUUACAUUUGUGCAGUGCUUUACCAUGCUGGUGUCCGGAUUGGUCGAUUGCUGCUGAUUCCGGGAACCACUGCAGUGGUGAUCGGGUGGGUUGGCCGCGAGAUCGUUGCCAACAUGAUCAGUGGCGUUGUGCUACACUUGACGCAGCCUUUUGCACAAGGCGAUUGGGUGUGUCUGGAUGGUACAUCCAUCGACGGAUGGGUCCAAGACGUGGGAAGUUUCUACACGAAGGUGGUUCAGUGGGACAAGCGUCCCAUCUAUGUACCAAAUUAUAAGCUGAUGUCGAUGAAUGUGCAGAACAACUCCCGAAUGACACAUCGCCGAAUCAAGUACGACCUAAACCUCAGACUCCGUGACAUCCCGAACAUCCCCCAGAUCGUUCGCGACAUGCAGGAGAUGAUCAAUGAGCACGAAGAUAUUGACAAUAUCCAGCAUCGCUUGGUACGCUGGCGGGGUUUGGGCGAGUACUCUGCGACCAUCUGGCUUUCUUGCUACACGAAGCCCAGCAUCGAGGGCAUUCGACUGGCGUCUUACACUGCUAUCCAGCAGUCCGUUCUUGAGCGUUGUUCGCAGAUUGUUUAUAAGCAUGAUGCUGCUUUUGCGUCCAUAACAGAUCGAAAUCCACAAGCUGGAGGCACCAGGGCUGUGCCCUUUGGUCAGAUAUUCUCAGAGCCUUUCAGCAGUGCUCGUGAAUCGCAGCUCGAGUCCCGCGAGGAGGUUUUGCGUCAACGGGAGAAAGACAUCAAGCAGCGCGAGAGAGAGCUGAGUCAGGAACAGGAGGAACAGGCCAAGGCCGCCAAAGAUAUUCAGCACGCAAAGGAGAAGCAGAAGCAGUUGCUGGAGCAGGUAAUCCAAAAAAGCAUGGAUGUGCGAACCGGCCAGGCUCUUCCGGAAGAUGUUGAUCCGAUGGUCUAUGGAGUCGCUGCAGCACAGUGGGAUAAGGCCGCGGAAGAGGAGAUGCUUGACUAUUCGUCUGGCGACCACGACAGAGACGUCGUCGAAAGCCAGCACAAGGAACUAGCUGACGCAGAGGUGCAACACGACAGCAUGGAGGCGGAAGGUGAGCACCGCACGCUCGCAGAUGCAUUGGAGGCAGCAGAGGUGGAACUCCGGGCCGUGGAGGAGGCGGCACAACAGAAGGACGAGCAAGAAGAAGGAGCCGCAGACCACGCUUCUGCCGACGACGAACGUCCUGACCGCCGCGAGGCCCAUGAGACGGAAGAGGCCCAACAGGAUCUUGCCGAGGCAGAGGCAAUGCGGAUACCUGUAAAAGAGAUGGGAGGCUACACGCAGCAGUUCUUCGACAGGUACAAGAAUUGUCGAGCCUUCGAACCAAAGCCGAAAGAGGAUAAACGACUGAAAGGGUGGCGAGCUCGGCCUCGAACAGACCGUGGCCUUGUUGGCAUCCUGUUCCUUAAGGCCAGCAAGAGGCGUCUUAUCGACUUUGUAUGCCUAAGAUAUCUGACUUUACAAUGCAUUGCUGCAGAAGGUCCGCUGAACUCUGAUAAGAUGAUGCGUUGCAGACAAGAAUGUUGA